AUGGCAAAUAAACUUUUCAAGCUUUUAGAUCCCCAACAGCCUAGUACAUCUGGAACAGACUUGCCUUAUUUGACUGAUUGGAACAAGUGCGUGUUAUGUCAAGAGGACACUGCUGAGACCCUUUCCUGUCCAGCUGAUUCUACGCGCAGCACAGGGUCUGGAUAUAAAACUCUAGCAGAUAAUCUCCACAGCUUCAGUCAGAUCGGCUGCUUGCCAAAAUCCUUAGACAUGUCCCGCCUUGAUGAAGGAGAUGGUAUUCAAUCGACCUUUCAGAACCACAAAGCUAAGUGGCAUGAUUCGUGCAGAUUAAAGUAUAACAAAACUGCAUUGCAACGGGCACAGAAGAGGAAAAUGUCUACUACUGAAGACACUACAAGUGCUUCAAGAAAGUACACCCGUCAGACCGUAGAUGCGCAGACAUUGCCUGAAAAAUGUUUCUUUUGUGACAAGCCAUCCGGUACUGAUUCUCUGCGCAAAGCUUCCACGUUUGAUCUCGAUAAACAUGUAAGAACAGCUGCUCUGAAACUAGGCGAUAAAGCGAUUCUUGCUAAACUUAGUGCAGGAGACCUUAUAGCACAAGAUGCUCAAUAUCACGUGAAAUGUCUGGUCUCCCUGUAUAACAAAGCUAGGGCCACAAAGACAACAGUGGAUGAGCAAGAUGACGUCAAUCAUGGUAUAGCACUUGGAGAGUUGGUAUCGUAUAUAGAUGAUGCCCGUAUGAAUGAUCUUGUAGCACCAGUGUUCAAGCUGGUAGAUCUGUCAAAACUUUACACCACUAGAAUGGAACAGCUUGGGACCAUCAUGACUGGACGUGUUCACUCAACUAAACUUAAAGAUCGAAUCAUGACAUAUUUUCCAGACCUUGAGGAGCACAAAUCAGGUCGAGAUGUUCUGCUUGCUUUCAACGAAAACAUAGGCUCAGCUCUCAAGAAGGCAUGUUAUCAGGACACUGACAAUGAUGGGGUUUGUCUUGCCAGAGCUGCAAAUAUAGUCCGAAGAGACAUGUUAAAACUGAAAACAACCUUCAGUGGUUCAUUUGAACCACACUGCCAAGAACAGUCGGUGCCUACUUCUCUUGUAGCGUUAGUUGGUAUGAUCUUGAACGGUCCUAACAUCGAAGAGCAGUCAAGCCAAUCAUCUGUAUCAACACCUACUCUCACAAUCUCACAACUGUUGAUGUUCAACUGUUACACACGCCGCAGAGGGAGUACCAGCAGUAUUGAAUCUACAAGACACAAUAGCAAUCGGGAGACUCCUCUGCCUGUGUACCUGGGUACACUAAUGCAUACAAAAACUCGGAAACGUGACCUUGUUGAUACUUUGUUCCAUCUAGGCCUUUCGAUUUCCUAUGACAGAGUACUGGGCAUCUCCACGUAUUUAGGGGACAAGGUUUGCCGCUUCUUCCAAAAGGAGGGUACAGUUUGCCCCCCUGUGCUAAAGAGUGGUCUGUUCACGACUGGGGCAGUGGAUAACAUUGAUCAUAACCCCAGCUCGACAAGUGCCCAAGAUUCCUUUCACGGUACGGGUAUUUCUCUUUUCCAGCACCCAAGUAGCAAUAGCCAUGGAGUUCAAAGGGAAGUUUCAGAUGAGACAGCAACAGGUGCUGCACACCUACCACAGUCAUACACUAUGGUACCUCCUGUUAUUUUGGGCAGAGGCGAUAUACCUAUACCUAAGCUAGAGGGCUCCAACAAAAGUGACUGCCAGCUAAUCCCUGAAGCGUUACAGGAUGAAUUCAGUUGGCUGGAGCAGAUGGAGAAGACGGUAGCAUCUGACACAGUACUCCAGGAAGACGAUACCGUGUCAUGGGCUGCAUACCAUGCCAGCAAACAGUCUAUUCCAGAGGAACCAGAAAGUAGCGUAGCUUUAAACUCAUUGCUGCCUCUUUUUUAUGACCAAGCCAAAUCUGUUGCAAUGAUUCGUCACUCGAUGGAUGUCAUCAAAAGAGCUGUGGAUAUUUUGAAUCCAGGUCAGAUCCCUGUAAUUACACUUGAUCAACCAUUGUACACACUUGCCAAACAGAUCCAGUGGAGAUGGCCAGAAACACAUGGAGAGGAUUAUUUCGUCAUUGUCUUUGGAGGACUCCAUAUUGAAAUGGCUGCAUGGAAAGCCGUCGGAGACCUAUUGGAUGGCAGUGGUUGGACAGGUGUUUUGGUGCUUGCAGGAGUUGCUACAGCUGGUACCGCUGAUUCUUUUCUGAAAGCGUCACAUGUAACACGCACGAGACGAGCACACCAAGUCACAGCUUGUAGUCUUUAUCUUCUCAUGAAGGAAGCCCAUAAACAGUACACCAGCGAACUAACUGAAGGACAGGAUCCAAAGCCAUUGGAUGAUUGGAAUACUGAACGAGUUGAAGCAAGCCCACAGUUCCAGUUUUGGUUCAUUAUUCUGCAGCUGGAACUGACAGUCCUGAUCUAUGUGAGAAGGAAAUUUUCUGCUGUAUAUUGA